UCUGUCUGAAUCCACAGGGUACACGUUGCGUCACCACGGACCUGAGAUUCCCCGAUUCCAUUCCAAUUAUGGCAUCCAACGAUUCCGCCGCGGCGAUCGAGAGCGAGAUUUGCCGAUAUGUGCCUUGUUUUAACAAAUAUAUAUGUCACUUAUCUCGGGAGCAAUUCGUCUGACAAGCGCGAAAUCUACCUGGAAACGCGAGCUUGUGAACUGUGCGGAAGAGUUAGGAAGAAUGUCGGAGAAGGAGAUCGACUCCGUGGAGCUGCCGGCCCCAGCUGGCUGGAAGAAGUACAUACCGAAGGACGGACCUCCCAAAAGGAACGGAGUAACUUUUAUUUCUCCCACUGGAGAGGAGAUUAGAAACAGGAAGAAUUUGGACCGGUUUCUGCGUUCUCAUCCUGGAGGUCCUUCGCCUUCAGAGUUUGAUUGGGGAUAUGGGGAUACCCUUAGGCGCUCUGUCAGAAUUAGGGAAAAAGUAAAGGCAACAGAAUCUAUUGAGGAUGAUCCACCAAAGAAAAGACAGAGAAAAUCAAACUCAAGCAAGGGAAAGCAGAAUAGGAAUGACGAAGAUACAGAGGAAGAACAAGUUGAUGAGGUGCCUAAAACAGACACACAAGCAGUGGAGAGCGUAGCAGACGCCGUAAUAGAAGAUGGUGAAGAUGAUUCAGUAGAAGAAAAGGUAGAGGCUGCUGCUAGAACUAUCAAUGAUAAUAAUUCUACUUUGCUAACUGAAGAAGAUAAGACUGUAGAAGAAAGGGAAGUGAAAGCAGAUCAAGAUUCAGCUGAAGUCCAAGAAGAAAAGGACAGAAAUGAAUCGAAAAAGCCCGAAUUGGAAUAUGCCAUUAAAGAUCUGCCUGCUUUACGUCUGCCAGAGGCAACAAAAGUGGAAAAUUUAGUUGCAAGGGACGAUCAUGAAAAACUGGAAGUGGAAGAGCCGAGCAAAGCUGUGCCUGAUUUAUCUCUGCCUGAGGUAACCAAGGAGGAAAAUUCAGAUAUAAAAAAAUUCCAAGUUGAUGCAGAAGUGACACCUCAUGAGGCUCUGUUCAAUAAGGAAGAUUUGCAUGACAAAGAAGUGGCACCUCAUGAGGCUCUGUUCAAUAAGGAAGAUUUGCAUGACGAAGAAGUCAAGGAUAGAAUACUAUAUAAUAAAAAUCUCAAUUGGGAGCAGAGGGUUUGAUCCUCAUAAGGUAUGAUUCCCCAACCCCCACUAAUGAACUUCAAAGUGUUUUCUCAACCCCAAAUAAGGCUGCGCUUUAGCCUUUUCAUGAAUACUUUAGAGCCAGCUGAAUAUUUUAUCUGAGUUAAUCCUCUUUAUUGCAGCCAAGCUCUCCUUUUACUGGUUUGGUAAUGUCCCUAUCAUUCCCAUCUUGUUAGAUUGGUUUAUACCCAUCUGCUCAUGCUCUUUUAUAACUAUGUAAUGAUGUUAGAUAUUGUCCUUAAUGUUCAAUAAUUUUUGCUAACUGAAUAGCCCACAAAACAUUUAAGUUGCUAUUAGGUGAAAUUUAUGUAUCCACUGUUGAGGAUUUUUUUUUU